AUGUUCACCUGGACCAUGGCCUACAGGGACGAUGCGGACAUUGUCGUGCCUUACAAGAUAUGGCGCUGUGGCUCAGCUACGGACAAGCCGCUGGCCAAGACCAUCGAGCCACUGACAUCUGGGGAGAGAAAAGACGCCGCUUGGGUCCUCGGCAGCUGUGAACAGUACCGCUUCGAGAACCAAAUACUGGCCCUCGGUACAGUCGACGACCCAGUUGGCUUCAGAUCGGUCGAUGCCGACACAAGCACGGGGGACACUGUUAGCAUACGCCUGUUUCCUGAUUGCGGAGCGAACGAAUGCUCGUCGCGAGGCGAGUGCAUACAGCAUAUCGCUCAUAACUACCAUUUCAUAAUCGUCUCUUUGAAACCCGAGUGUUUCCAAAGUGCCUACGAACUCAUCUACGACGCGUUCGAAUACAGCGUAGUUCCCGUCGUGUUGGCGCCAGCGAAUUUCAAACUGAACGUUCCCGACCACUCGGUGGUCAGCUCGGCUGACUUUCCAGAGCCAGGCGAACUUGCUGCACAUUUGCGGGAUCUCCGGAGCGACCGCGCUAUGUACGAAAGCUAUUUUGCCUGGAAGCAAAACUGCACCUUGACGCCGCCCGAAAACGAAAUGUGCCCGUUGUGUCGGGUGUUGUGGGAAACGCCCGCUGAUCACCUCAAUGUUCAUCCCGGCGUCAUCGAGUGGUGGGAGCGACGCCUCGUUUGCCAGCGUGAGUCUUUGCAUGGACUUGACUCCGCGUUUGUAUUGGAGCGUUGA